GCGCAGUACGUGAUGGAGUAGACGGUGUACCCGCGGGAGCACGAGCGCGUGCGCGAGCUCCGCCUCAUCACGCAGCAGCACGCCAAGUCGUUCAUGGGGUCGUCGCCGGACCAGAUGCAGUUCUUCUCCGUCCUGCUCAAGCUGAUGGGCGCCAGGAGCACGAUCGAGGUCGGCGUCUUCACCGGCUACUCGCUGCUCUCCACCGCGCUCGCCCUCCCCGCCGGCGGCAAGGUGGUGGCGAUCGACGUGAGCCGGGAGUGCUACGAGCUGGGCCGCCCGGUGAUCGAGGCGGCCGGCGUCGCGCACAAGGUGGACUUCCGCGAGGGCGACGGGCUCGCCGUGCUCGACGGGAUGCUGUGCGAGGACGGCGGCGCCAGGGCUGGCGCCUUCGACUUCGCGUACGCGGACGCCGACAAGCUGCAGUACGCCGGGUACCACGAGCGGCUGCUGCGGCUGGUGCGCGUCGGCGGCGUCAUCGCCUACGACAACACGCUCUGGGGCGGCUCCGUGGUCAUGCCCCGCGACAUGCCCGGCAGCUCCGACUACGACCGCCUCGUGCGGGAUAGCUUCCUCCGGUUCAACGCCGCCGUAGCCGCCGAUGACCGCGUCGAGGCCUGCAUCCUCCCCAUCGCCGACGGCGUCACGCUCUGCCGCCGCGUCAAGUGAAGCACCCACCGUUCCCUUUAUUAAUUGCCCAACACGACGAAGAUGAGUUUUUAGUUUUGGACCCCGAUAUCCACCACACGUGUGGCAUAAUAGGCAUUCGCCCAUACAUCGUAUGUGGCAUGAGCAGGGGGCAGCCCACACGGGCUGUAUGUGGACGAAUAGUAGAAUUACCCACACGUGUGGUCACGGCUGCUUCGUGCCACACGCCCAACAAAUACUACUCUGAAGAAAUAUGCCCUAGAGGCAAUAAUAAAGUAUUAUAUAUUUCCUUA